UGUUGGCGCGGGACAUGGUAGAGUUCCGAGGGAGUUGUGGUGUUCAUCUUCUGUGAGUACAUGGUGACAUGUUAUGCAGCAUUUUCAAUGGCUUUCUUUAAUCCGUUUAAUAAAACCCGAGAAAAGACAGGACCGGUGUUCUCCUCCUUGCUUGGCUAGGUGCCGGCGCACAGCUGGCUAGUUAGCUGUCACAGUACAGGACAGGGUCGGACCAGCUCCGCUCAACCGAACCGGCGGACUACGACAGUACAGUAUAUUACGGUGACAACGUUGACGUGUCUAACCUUCAUAAAUACUAUGUUAAUACACAAUGAAAACACAAAAUAAAGGAACAGUGUAGCCUUCCUUAAACCCCCCCGCCACACACACAGACACAGACACAUUCGUCUACAGUCAUAUAUCCGCACAUGCACACGCACUGAACACUGGAACGAGACCUGGAAAACCGAGGCGCUCCUCCAACGGAUCCCCGGCGUGGACAUUUUAAAAUCUUCAUCACAGCCUCGGAUUUUUCUCGUGUGGCUUUUUGCGCAUAGAGCCUGGAUGCUACCGAGGUGUGUUUGAACAACUGAAUCGUUUUGGAGACGAAGCUAAACGCUUGGUGAAUGGGAAACAGCAACACAGAGGCACCACUGCCUUACCCCUGUUUUGACAAAAACGUUCACCCCUCCGUUAGCAAGAUCUGCGCGCCUGAAACCGGAGCCGGUGUCUGCGCUCUGCCGGGCCGGGCGCGCUUCGUCUGGGAGGAGUAGGGAGGAUGGAGGCGUUUUUUGCAGAGGGGGCCCGUGUUUGGGUCCGAGAGAAGGAGCAGCUUCUUCCUGCCACUGUCAACUCCUGCGGAGAUGGAACUCUUGUGGUCACAAUCGACUAUGGAGAGGUGUUGUACUUGCAGCAGGCAGAGGUUACCAGGGAGCGGGUAUAUGCUAUGCACCAGUCCAGCAUUGAUGGGGUGGAGGACAUGUCAACGCUGGCUGAGCUGCAUGAGGCCGCGAUCAUGCACAACCUGUACCAGCGCUACCAGAUGGAUAAUAUAUAUACUAAUAUCGGCAGCAUCCUGGCAGCCGUCAACCCCUACAAGCAGAUCCCAGGCCUGUAUGACACACAGAGGGUGGACCUUUACUCCAAGCAUCACCUUGGCGAGCUCCCACCACACAUCUUUGCCGUGGCAAACGAAUGCUAUCGCUGCAUCUGGAAACGCCAUGAUAGCCAGUGUGUCCUAAUCAGUUCAAAGAGCCAACAGGAUCUCCACAUGAGCACUAAAUUGUUGCUGCAGUUCCUGUCGAUGAUGAGCCAGAACUCAGCUGGGACUCCCCCAUCAGAGAAAACCACACGUGUGGAGCAGGCCAUUGUACAGAGCAGUCCAAUCAUGGAAGCUUUUGGUAAUGCAAAGACUGUUUACAACAACAACUCCAGUCGCUUUGGGAAAUUCAUCCAGCUUCACUUCUCUGAGAGUGGCAACAUCCAGGGAGGCUGCGUCAUUGACUAUUUACUGGAAAAGAACCGAGUGGUACGACAAAACCCCGGAGAACGAAACUACCACAUCUUCUAUGCUCUGUUGGCAGGAGCUAGCAAAGAGCAUAAAAGCCUCUACUUCCUGGAGGACUCUGCUGAAUCUUUCCACUACCUCAGCCAAGCUGGAUGUCUGAAGGACAAGAGUCUAAACGACAAAGAGCUGUUUAACAGUGUUAUGGAGGCACUGAAGGUGUUGCAGUUCACAGAGGAGGAGAUCCGAGACAUGUUUAAACUGCUCUCAGGAGUCUUACAGCUUGGCAACAUUGAGUUCAUGCUAGCAGGAGGAGCCCAGAUCACCACUAAGCAAGUGGUCAGUGAUGCCAGUGAGCUGCUUGGCCUGGACGCCUUCCAGCUGUCUGAAGUCCUGACUCAGCGCUCCAUAAUACUCAGAGGAGAGGAAAUCUGCUCCCCACUCACCAUAGAGCAGGCUGUGGAUUCCCGUGACUCAAUUGCCAUGGCUUUAUAUUCCCAGUGUUUCUCUUGGAUCAUCCUCAAAAUCAAUCAGAAAAUCAAAGGGAAGGAAAAUUUCAAAUCCAUUGGCAUCCUGGACAUCUUUGGCUUUGAGAACUUCGAGGUGAAUCGAUUUGAGCAAUUUAAUAUUAACUAUGCCAAUGAGAAACUCCAGGAGUACUUCAACAAACAUAUCUUCUCCCUGGAGCAGCUAGAGUACAACAGGGAGGGUGUUCAGUGGGAGGCCAUAGACUGGAUGGAUAAUGCAGAGUGUCUUGAUCUUAUAGAAAAGAAACUGGGCUUGUUGGCACUAGUGAAUGAAGAGAGUCGAUUCCCCAAAGGAACAGACUACACUCUGCUGGAGAAGUUGCACAGCAGGCACUCUACAAAUCCAUACUAUGUCAAGCCCAGACUUGCAGAUCAUCAGUUUGGUAUCAAACAUUAUGCAGGGGAGGUCCUGUAUGACGUCAGAGGGAUCCUGGAGAAGAACAGAGACACUUUCAGAGACGAUAUUCUGAACAUGCUGAAGGACAGCAGACUGGACUUCAUCUAUGACUUGUUUGAGAAAGUUGGCAGUAGGAACAAUGAGGAGAAGAUGGGAACGGCCAGGCGCAAACCUACCGUGAGCUCCCAGUUCAGGGACUCCCUUCAUGCUCUCAUGGCCACUCUGAGUGUAUCUAACCCUUUCUUCAUUCGCUGCAUUAAGCCCAACAUGGAGAAGAAUCCAAAUAUCUUUGACCCGGAGGUCGUCCUGAACCAGCUGAGGUAUUCUGGGAUGUUGGAGACUGUGAAGAUCCGGCGUGCUGGGUUUCCCGUACGCCGAACUUUCAAAGACUUCUUUUCUCGAUAUAAGAUCAUUUUGAAAGACAAAGUACCAGCAGCUGGAGAUGAUAAAAAAAGGACUACAGACCUUCUAAUUAAAUAUGACAAGACCAAGACAGACUGGCAGUUAGGCAAGACCAAGGUGUUUAUGAAAGAGUCUCUGGAGCACCGUUUAGAGAAAGACAGGGAUGAAGUCCGACGCCAAGCUGCCAUGAUAAUCCGAGCGCACCUACUCACUUUCUCUGCCAAGAAGCACUUCAAGCGAGUACGAGCAAGUGUUAUUACCCUGCAGAAGCACUUCCGAACGCUCAUCCAGCGCAGAUGGUUUAUGAAGCAACGCAUGGCAGCGCUGGUACUGCAGAAACACAGACGAGGUCAGGUGGCGCGCGCUUGUGUUCGAAAACUCAAAGAGGAGAAGAAGAAGUGGGAGGAAGAACAGAGGAAGAAAGAGGAGGAAGAGAAGAAAAUGCUGGGUGAAAGGGUACAGGUGGAAAUGAAUGAAGGAGCAGAAAAAAAAGCAAAAUCAUCGCAGGAUGAGGCCAGGCAGAUGGAGGAGAUCCUACAGUUGGAGCGAGAGAUCGAGCGCUUGCAGAAGAAGAGAGAGGAUGAGGUGUCCCAGCUGUGUGAGUCCUCCAAACAGGAGUUGCAGCUUCGCCGGGACGCUGAGCUCAAACGGAUGAAGAAGGAGGCAUCCCGCAAGGCCACAGAGCUCAUUGACCUACUGAACUUUGGAGGCGUGGAUCCAUCACUGGGAGCAGUCGGAGUUAAACCUGCUGCACAGGUGAAGGCAAAGAAAGCGGCACGUGCCACCAGUGGUGCCUCCAGAGAAGAGGAGGUGGAUGAGGGCUUUAAUGCUGAGGAGAAGUGCAUCCCUCUUCCUGACUUCCCUCCUCCUGCAGAGACAGAUGCUCCAGUGGAUCAGGACAUAUUUGCUCACCUCCCUCCUCCCCCACCUGCCUUUGCUGAGGGAACAGUGCCUCCUGCACCACCUCAUCCACCUCCCCUACCCACAGACAGUAUUGCUGCAAUUCCUCCCCCUCCUCCUCUUCCUCCACCUGGAGAUGGCUCAGCUAUUCCUCCACCACCUCCACUUCCCCAAGGAGAGGUGGAGAAGAAUGAGGGAGUCAAGGCAGAGCGGGAGAGGAAGGUGAGCAUGGCGGAGAGCCUGGUGGAUGGCGAGGAGCCGAUCUACAGCAUGCCAGCUGACACCGAGUCGGACUACGACCAGGAGGAAGAAGAGGGGUCUGUUAAUGCUGGAGACGACAGCUCUGUAUCCGGGAGCAACCGUGGAAGCACCACUGUGACGGAUGAGGAACACCCAAGGAAGUCGACCUGCACCAAUGCCAGCAUAGAGUCCUACAGAGGCAGCUCUGACUCUUAUGCAGACAGUGACGAUGAGCACGAUGGCAUUAUGGACACUGAUGAAGAAGUGACUAAUGGUAGGGUGACUUUGUUUAAUGGAAAUGGGCCACCAUAUUUCCACGGCUACCUUUACAUGAAGGCUGGUCUGAUGAUCCCCUGGAGGAGGCGUUGGUGUGUGUUAAAAGAUGAAACUUUCAUGUGGUUCCGAUCUAAACAAGAGUCUCUCAAGUCUGGCUGGCUCUACAAGAAGGGAGGAGGCCUCUCCACUCUCUCACGGAGAAACUGGAAGAUGCGUUGGUUUGUGUUGAGGGACACUAAGCUGAUGUACUAUGAGAACGACAGCGAGGAGAAGCUGAAGGGAACCAUCGACAUUAAAGCUGCCAAGGAGAUAGUAAAUAACCAUGAGAAGGAAAAUGCUCUGAACAUUGUGACAGAUGAGAGAACCUAUCAGGUGUUUGCUGAGUCACCAGAGGAUGCAAGCGGGUGGUUUAAUGUCCUCAGUAAGGUGCGAGUGUGCACUCCUGAACAGCUGCUGGAGAUGUCCCAUGAACAGGCCAACCCAAAGAAUGCUGUGGGAACUCUCGACGUUGGGCUGAUUGACUCUGUUUGUGCAUCGGACAACCCCGAUCGGCCCAACUCCUUUGUCAUCAUUACAGCCAACCGUGUGAUCCACUGCAACAGUGACACACCAGAGGAGAUGCAUCACUGGAUCAGUCUGCUGCAAAAACCCAAAGGAGACGCUAGGAUUGAUGGGCAGGAGUUCCUUAUUAGAGGCUGGCUCCAAAAGGAGAUGAAGACAAACGCUAAGAGCACCUCCCUUAAGUUGAAGAAGCGCUGGUUUGUUUUGACCCACAACUCCCUGGAUUAUUACAAGAGCUCAGAGAAAAACUCUUCCAAGAUGGGAACUCUGGUCCUUAACUCCCUCUGUUCUGUCAUUCAGCCGGAUGAACGAGUGCACAGGGAGACGGGCUACUGGAACAUCAUAGUGUAUGGGAGGAAGCAUUCCUAUCGCCUUUAUACCAAGAUGCUGAAUGAGGCCAUGAGAUGGACAGCUGCUAUACAGGGAGUCAUAGACAGCAAGACCCCCAUAGAAACUCCAACGCUGCAGCUCAUCAGAGACAUCAAGGAGAGUAGUGUGAACCCAGAUAUAGUGGAGCAGAUGUACAGGAGGAACCCCAUCCUCAGAUACACCCAGCAUCCUUUGCACUCCCCUCUACUGCCCCUCCCUUAUGGGGAAGUCACCAGCUUACAAAAGCAGCAGGGCUAUGCCAGUCUGCAGGAUGAGGCCGUGCGGGUUUUCAACUCAAUGCAGGAGAUGGAGACUUUGGCAGACACGGUGCCCAUCAUUCAGGGCAUCCUGCAGACCUGUCAGGACUUGCGCCCUCUCAGGGAUGAGGUGUACUGUCAGGUGAUCAAGCAGACCAAUCAUGUGCCUCAGCCGAACAGCCCGGCCAAUCGGGCACACUGGCAUCUGCUCACCUGCAUGAGCUGCACCUUCCUACCCAGUCGAGCCAUUCUCAGAUACCUCCGCUUCCAUCUCAAACGGGUGCGUGAGCGUUAUCCUGGCACAGAGAUCGAGCGUUACGCCGGUUUCAUCGUGGAAUCCCUGAAGAAGACCAAGACUCGUGAGUUUGUUCCCUCCCAGGAGGAAAUCGCCGCCCUGCUGGUGAGACAGGAGAUGAGCACCACUGUCUACUGUCAUGGAGGAGGCUCCUGCAAGAUCUCCAUCAAUUCACACACCACUGCUGGAGAGGUUGUGGAGAAACUGAUCAGAGGUCUGGCCAUGGAGGAAAGUAAGAACCUGUUCUCUUUGUUUGAGCACAACAACUUCACAGAUCGUGCUUUGGAGAGCAGAGUGAUUGUGGCAGAUGUUCUGGCCAAGUUUGAAAGAUUGGCAGGCAGUGAAGAGGAAGAAGAGGAAGGAGAAUGGAAACUGUACUUCAAACUCUACUGCUUCUUGGACGUAGAGAGCAUGCCCAAAGAGGGAGUGGAGUUUGCUUUCAUGUUUGAACAGGCUCAUGAGUCUUUGAUAAGCGGCCACUUCCCGGGCUCAGAAGAGACUUUGCAGCACUUGGCCGCUUUACGCCUCCAGUAUCUCCAUGGUGAUGGGGCAGGUCGAGCUGGGUGGAGUCUGGGAAGCGUCUAUCCGAUUGGACGUCUCCGCACUCGCAUCCUGCACUCCACCAAGCCGGGUGUGGGGGUGGCCGGUGGAGCAGGAGGAGGUGGAGCAGGAACAGGAGAUGGAAAGGGCAUGGCGGGAGGACAGGGAGGUGUCGGAGUCGGGAUAGAGAAACGGAAGACCCCGAGCUUCCUGGAUGGUACCCUGAGGAGAAGCUUCAAGACUGGAUCACUGAAGAAGCAGAAGGUGGAGGAGGAGCAGAUGCUGGAGAUGUGGGUGAAGGAGGAGACGUCUGCCACACGGACCAGCGUGCUGGAGAAGUGGACCCGGCUGCAGGGAAUGCCCCAGCAUCAGGCCAUGCUUAAAUAUAUGAGUAUUAUCAAGGAGUGGCCCGGAUAUGGCUCUACUCUGUUUGAUGUGGAGUGUAAAGAAGGUGGUUUUCCCCAUGAUCUGUGGCUUGGUGUGAGCGCUGACAACGUGUCUGUGUACAAACGAGGUGAACCCAAACCUCUGGAGACCUUCGAGUACGAGCACAUCACCUUCUUUGGGGCUUCACAGCCCAGCACAUACAAGAUCAUUGUGGAUGAGAGGGAAAUGUUUUUUGAGACUCCACUGGUUGGAGAGAUCACCAAGAUCAUGAGGGCCUACAUUAACAUGAUGGUGAAGAAACGUUGCAGCAUCAUGUCCGUGAGCAGCGUUGCCAGUUCCUGGGGCAGGUGAUCGCCACCAACCAGUCAGAGCCCUCAGUUCAUCCCAAGGCAAACACAUGCCUCAUCUCUCGGAAUUGGUUGGUUGGUUUUAAUGGAGGCAAUCACACCGACCAGCUAAUACUCAAGAGGAUGACUCAAGACUAGUGGAUGAGCGUCAAAAGCAAAUUAGGGAAAGUGGACACACAGAAACUAAACGUACACACUGUUGGCCUGGGUUUCACUUGGGAUAGGGAAUAAAGGGUCUACUUAAAAAGGAGCAUGACAAGAAAACAUGUAUUUUGGGACAGUACUUUCAAGUACUUAACCCUCCAGCUAUAGUCCUGCAUGUAGAUGUUCAAGCACACUCCAAAUUUCUCCCAACUUUCCUUUACAGAUAAAAAAAACCUCAAUAUUCACAAGCACAGCUCAACCGCACAGUCCCGUUCUGUCCCAGGUGGCCUCCUUUUUUCACCCCUAGUGCACUGCCAGACAGAAGGAAGCCACACUUUCUCACUUAUUCUUUCUUUAUCACUUCUCGUCCAAGUUCAAAGUCUCUCUCUUUCUCUUCAUGUGUCCUCACUCCUGCUGCAUCUUUGUUUACAAUUGGUAUUAACUUAGUAAUGCUGAAUUCUUGUUCUUGCUUGCUUUCUCUCUGUCUUUUAUCAACAUCAGCUAGAUUAUGUCUGUUUGUGACUGAGAAAAAGGACUCAAUGACGAUUCUUGUUCAGGGCUACUAAAGGGAAAAUAGUGCUCACUAGCUCGUGCGUCAGUGCCACUAUGUGGCCAUAAGAAGAAGACAGCCAAAGGAAGUGGCUUUAAAUAUUUCUGAACAAUAUCAUAUAGCUAUUCUUGAGAAGAAAGAGUAGAGGUUUUGGGUUGGAUGUUCUCUGGCCAUGUUUACCUUGACAUAGAGAGUCUGUACAUGGUUACCAGCCUCACUUGACUCUGCAAGGAGAACAAUAUCAACCAGACUAGUAUGACAGUACAUUUCCCAAUGUCGACUUGUAACACACUGCAUUAAUUUAGUGUAUAUUCAUAUGCAUAAACUGAUCCAACUUGUACCUUUGUGUACUGUAUAUCACACAUUAUAGGAGUGAUUAUUAGAAUUUCAGUAACCACUGUACUGCACAGUAUAGAUGCCAUACUAAAUGCAAUGUCACAGAUCUCGUGUAAAAUACGUGCAAAUGAGUGAUUAUGACCACUGUAUGUCUGAAUAUGAUGCCAAUACUACACAUCGUUCACUGGCUGUGCCAUUAAUCUGACUCGCAGAGAAGUAAGACUUUGUAAAAGACCAUAAUGUAACAGGCCAUAAGGAGACUGGCUGCUCUGCUGGUUGUGUUUUUACAGUGAUUUGAUGAAUUUAGCAUCGUUGUUGUCUGCUGGGCUCACCCUAAAACAUCAGCCAGAGCCAUAAAAUACCUUAUAUCCUUGUCUGCUUAUCCUUUACAGAGGAGAUCAGUGGCUUAAACAAUAAUGCAUAAAACUCCAUUUGUCUAUUUCCAACUUGUUUAUGAACAUUUGACUUUUAUUAAUGCUACUACUAUUAUGACUGUAUGCCCCCUGUUAUCUUAACCAACCUGAAGUGCUGUGUCAGGAAUUCUGCUGUGUGUGUGUAUGUGUGUGAGUAUAUUAAUGGUGUAAUCCAAAUGUUUGGAAACGAAAAGGGAAACAAGAAAAGAGAAGUAAUUUUACUAAGUGUAUUAUCUGGAAAUAAGACGUAUUUACAUGACUAACCUUUGCAAAGAAUGGUGUCGUGAUCGUGAGUUAAAGGGGAAAGUAUGGGAUUCCAAGGGAGGGUUAGGGGUUAUUUAUUUCUUAGUGUAUUGUAUGUAUUGCAAGGUCUGUUGGGGAAAAUAAUGUAUUAAAAAUAUACUGGUAUUUUUCAACCUCAGUAUAAGAGGAGCAGAUAAGACACUGUGAGUAUCUGCACUUGAAAAUUGUGUAAUUGUGCACCAGGAACAUUGAAAGACAGCACUGCUUUGUGUGUAUGUGUUCUGGACUAUAAAUGAAGUCACUGUUGUGUUAACAUCACCUGACAGUGUGACACUGCAGGUAGACGUCAGGACCCCUCCUCUAAAAGACAAGACACACUGUAAACACAAUGUUGUGUGUAAACUAGUUUCUAUGUCAAUAAGAAUUUCAUUUGUUGUCCUUUUCCAUACUAAUUGUUUAAGUCAGCUUGAACUUCAAUAGUUUGUUGUAUGUCUGGAGUGCUGCGUACAGGGCCGUAGCCAAGACUUUAGAAAUACUGAGGUCAUCGGUCUAUGACAAAUCCUCACCCUACAGAAAAACACCAAGAUUUCCACAAUGUACAUCAUAAUUGUAUGCUUUAAGUUUUAUUUUUAUUCAGUCUGGGGAUUUUAUUUCUGAAUGUGGUCAAAAAGUUAGGGUGAUGACAGAAAAAGGGAAAAGAUAUGAAGAUGACAUGCAACAAAGAUCCCUAGCAAGACUCAACCCCUAUAGGCCGCCAAGGUGCCACAGGUUUGGAGGGGAAAUGGUGAAUUAUUCACAUAUUUGGCCUCAAAGUAUUUAAAAUGAAAUAUACUGACUCUGAAAAUACUAGAAAUGUCAACCAAAUGUAGGUUUUCAUUGCAAAAUGUAUAGCAUCUUUUUGCUAAGUCCCCAAAUUUCUACAAAUCACAAACGCUAUCCAAGAACAUGACCUCAGUAUACUGAAUUGUGGUUAUGGCCCAGACUGCAAACACACAACCCACUGGGAUCUUGCCGAUAGAGUUAGAAUAAGCAGAACUCACUCAGAGGUUCCACUUUGAACUUUUGGUUACUUUUCUGUUGGCGAAAAGGGAAAGUAAAGUUUAUAAGCCAUAAUUACUGAGGAACCUGGAGAUGCCUGUUCUAGUUAUUCUACACCUAUGGUUCUGUCUGUCACUGAUAUUAUACUGAGUAGGACGAAGUUGCCAAAGGUGCUGAAGUGUGAUCAGUACUUCAAACAACAAAAAAAGAAUGAUAAACUGAAGUUUGAUUUUGAAGUGUCUGAUCACAAAUCGGUCUUUAAGGGCAACUUCAUCACAGAGGGUCCUGUUAUCAGCCGCAGGCGGCCAGAGUGGGGCCUGUUCUUAUCCUAUGUUAUACCUAUUAUUGUUACAUAGUGAAACAUUGUGCUUGUGAAAGAAAAAGAGAAAGAGAGAGAUGUGUGUGCAGUUCUUUUUUUAAUUUGUAACUGGCUUUACAAAAUUAUGCUUUA